AUGGGGGUCUCUCCAGGCCCAACUCUUCCUCUUCCUCCUGGCUGCAUCGAUGGGCCCAACUCCUGCCUGGCAACAACCUCUUUGGGCUCCGCUCCUGCCCAGCUCCCGCCAGCCUUUGUAGGCCCAAACCUUUCUCCAGCCAAAGGUUUCUAUGGGCCCACCUUCUGCCUCCUGGUGGCCUGCAUAGACCCAGUUCUCAGCUGGAGAACAACCUCUGCAGGCCCCACUCUUGCCUCCCAGGGGCCUCUCCAGGCCUGGCUUUUGCCUCAUGGCAGCUUUCUGGGGCCAGGUUCCUGCAUGCCUCCCGGCAGCCUCGACAGGCCCAGCUCCUCCCUCACGGUGGCCUGUUUUGGCCCAACUCAUGCCUUGUGCAACCUGCCCAGAGGCCAAGCUCAUGCCUCAGCGGCAGCCUGUCCGGGCCUGGAGUUUGCUGCUUUGCAGCCUCUCCGGGCCCUGAACUUCCUCCAGUUGGCCUCUUCAGGCCCAGCUCUUCUUCCCGGUGGCCUCUGCAGGCCCAAGUUGUCCUCAAGCUGGCCAGCUCCUGCCUCCCGGCGGCCUCUCCAGGUGCACAGCUUCCUCCAGUCAGCCUCUCCAGGCCUAGCUCCUCCUGCCUCCCAGAGGCCUCUUUAGGCCCAGCCCAGCUCAUGCCUCUCGGCGGCCUUCCCAGGCCCUGCUUUUGACUUUUGGUGGCCUCUUCACGCCCAGAGCUUGACCUGCAGUCAGCCUCUCCAGGCCCAGCCGCUUGUCUCCUGAAGGCUCGUAUACAGGCCCAGCCUCUGCCUCACAGCGGACUCUCCAUGCCCAGUCCGCAGCCUCACUGCAGCCUCCCCAGUCCGAAGCUCCUGCCUUCCAGCAGCUUUGACAGGCCCCACUCCUGCCUCCCGAUGGCCUCUUUAG